AGAGUCCAGCCGGGGGUGCCGCACCCGCUGGGGAAUGGGGAGGGAGGACACAUGGGAAAUGCCUGGGGCUGGAGUCUCUUUGGCUCUCUGCCAGCAAGAAACUUAAAAGUCCUGGCUUGCUCAACCCGAGUGUCCCCAAAGCUUUCAGACUUUUGCCCUUCCAUUGCCACUAUCUCUCCCCACUCUGGGCGUCCUACCCAAGGAGCUAUCUAUGCGUGCCCAGGGCCUGUCCUGUGGAUAUCCAGCUCGCCCCUUGCUGCCCUUUUUAGAGCAUCGCGCGGGCUCUGGCAUCACCGAGCGUACAACGCCAGGCUGCGCUCCCCUGAGGUGCGUCCCUCAGAUCCGGGACUGUCCAUUAACCAGGCUGGCUCAAAGAGGCGCAGACACACUCGAACCCGGGAAAACUUAUUUUAUUCUCGGUUCCCGGGGCUGCAGCUGCCAGCGGCUGAGACAGCGCGUCCGCUUUGUCUCUCUGCAGUCCCCGCAGCCCCCCUCUCCCGCUUCCUCUCCCGAUUAACUCCCCCGACACGCUCUUCCCCAGCUCCUCUCCUCCUCCCACUCCUUCUCCUCCUCUUCCUCCUCCUACACCACGGGCCGCGCUAAUGCGCUUCCUCCCUCCCCCGGUGUCGGUCUCUUUGCAUACGCGCCCCCUCCCCUCCCCGCCGCGCCACUUAUAGCGGGGCGCACCGCGGCGGGGCGCAGACUGCUCUGGCAGCCGGAGAGGAGGCGGUGCGGCGGUGGCGCUGCGGAGACCGGGUCCAGACGCCUGGCGGCAGCCGGCGCACAAGGCGCUUUCUAGCUCCCUCCCCCGAGCGCACAGCCCGCCUCCUUCCGCGGCGCCUGCAGUGGCAGGCUUGCUCUCCGCUCCGGUGACGCGCUCCGGUAGACGCUCUGCGGGUCCUGGACGCCGGGUGCGCGGCGUGGGGACAAGAGGCAGAGGCGAACGCCAGUGGUAGCCAGUCCGCGAGCCAUCGUUCGGGGCGCAGUCCUCUCCCCGGCUGGCGCUCCUUUCUCCGGGGCAUUCGCCACCGCUUCCCGGGGCUGAGACGACCGAUUCGUCGCCUCCUUGCCCGUGACCGACGCUAGAACUCAGUUGUGCGUUGCGGCCAGUCGCCACUGCUGUGCCAGCAUUUGCAGGUAUAUAGGAACAGUCCUGGUGAUGCACUAUUUAAUCAAAAGACAGGGGUGGAUCUUUUGUUCUUGCAAAUGGUUUUCCAAGAAUUGAUAUAAAGCGGGAAGAACAGAAAACAGCAGUCAUGAGAGUGGAAACAAAAUGUCAGUCAGCGUGCAUGAGAACCGCAAGUCCAGGGCCAGCAGCGGCUCCAUUAACAUCUAUCUGUUUCACAAGUCCUCGUACGCUGACAGCGUCCUUACUCACCUGAAUCUUUUACGCCAGCAGCGUCUCUUCACUGACGUCCUUCUCCAUGCCGGAAAUAGGACCUUCCCUUGCCACCGGGCAGUGCUGGCUGCGUGCAGUCGCUACUUUGAGGCCAUGUUCAGUGGUGGCCUGAAAGAGAGCCAGGACAGUGAGGUCAACUUCGACAAUUCCAUCCACCCAGAAGUCUUGGAGCUGCUGCUUGACUAUGCGUACUCCUCCCGGGUCAUCAUCAAUGAAGAAAAUGCAGAAUCGCUCCUGGAAGCUGGUGACAUGCUGGAGUUUCAAGACAUCCGGGAUGCAUGUGCAGAGUUCCUGGAAAAGAACCUGCAUCCCACCAACUGCCUGGGCAUGCUGCUGCUGUCUGACGCACACCAGUGCACCAAGCUGUAUGAACUAUCUUGGAGAAUGUGUCUCAGCAACUUCCAAACCAUCAGGAAGAAUGAAGAUUUCCUCCAGCUGCCCCAGGACAUGGUAGUGCAACUCUUGUCCAGUGAAGAGCUGGAGACAGAAGAUGAAAGGCUUGUGUACGAGUCUGCAAUUAACUGGAUCAGCUAUGACCUGAAGAAGCGCUAUUGCUACCUCCCAGAACUGUUGCAGACAGUAAGGCUGGCACUUCUGCCAGCCAUCUAUCUCAUGGAGAAUGUGGCCAUGGAGGAACUCAUCACCAAGCAGAGAAAGAGUAAGGAAAUUGUGGAAGAGGCCAUCAGGUGCAAACUGAAAAUCCUGCAGAAUGACGGUGUGGUAACCAGCCUCUGUGCCCGACCUCGGAAAACCGGCCAUGCCCUCUUCCUUCUGGGAGGACAAACUUUCAUGUGUGACAAGUUGUAUCUGGUAGACCAGAAGGCCAAAGAAAUCAUUCCCAAGGCUGACAUUCCCAGCCCAAGAAAAGAGUUUAGUGCAUGUGCGAUUGGCUGCAAAGUAUACAUUACUGGGGGGCGGGGGUCUGAAAAUGGGGUCUCGAAAGAUGUCUGGGUUUAUGAUACCCUGCACGAGGAGUGGUCCAAAGCUGCCCCCAUGCUGGUGGCCAGGUUUGGCCAUGGCUCUGCUGAACUGAAGCACUGCCUAUAUGUGGUUGGGGGGCACACAGCCGCAACUGGCUGCCUCCCAGCCUCCCCCUCAGUCUCUCUAAAGCAGGUAGAACAUUAUGACCCCACAACCAACAAAUGGACCAUGGUGGCCCCACUCCGAGAAGGCGUUAGCAACGCCGCAGUAGUGAGUGCCAAACUCAAGUUGUUUGCUUUUGGAGGUACCAGUGUCAGUCAUGACAAGCUCCCCAAAGUUCAGUGUUAUGAUCAGUGUGAAAACAGGUGGACUGUACCGGCCACCUGUCCCCAGCCCUGGCGUUACACAGCAGCAGCUGUGCUGGGGAACCAGAUUUUUAUUAUGGGGGGUGAUACAGAAUUCUCUGCCUGCUCUGCUUAUAAAUUCAACAGUGAGACUUACCAGUGGACCAAGGUGGGAGAUGUGACAGCAAAGCGCAUGAGCUGCCAUGCUGUAGCCUCCGGAAACAAACUCUACGUGGUUGGAGGAUACUUUGGCAUUCAGCGAUGCAAGACUUUGGACUGCUACGAUCCAACAUUAGAUGUGUGGAACAGCAUCACCACCGUCCCGUACUCGCUGAUUCCUACUGCAUUUGUCAGCACCUGGAAACAUCUGCCUUCUUAAAUGCAGUACAUUCUAAAGAGAGUGAGCACGAGCUCACUCCAUCACUCGAUGCUAUAAUAUGAGAUUUCUACUUUGGAGAGGCCAAGUGUAAUGAAGAGAAAAAAAGGAAAAGAAGUUAAAAGAAGUUGCAAGACACGAAUAAAAUCUGCUGCACCUUGUAAAUGCUCUAACUGGACAUGAAGGAAGGGGGCGGGCGGGGGUGGGAUUUUUGGUGCAAGUAGCACAUGGUUUAAAUAUGAAUGAACAAACCUGUGAUCUAGUCCUUGUCUUGUAAUUGUGGAUUAAUGUCAGCGUUAAUCAGCCCCCUCAAAGGGAGAGAAAAGCUGGACCUUUUCCCUUGCUGUACCAUAUUCAGCAUUUGAUUUCCAUGGGCUCCACCAUUUAUGUGUAAAAUUUGAAAUGGUUGUCACCUCUCUGAGGAGAGAGCUUGAAGCCUCCACACCAGCUGCUGCUGGAGAGUCAAAGCCCAACUGUGGGUCCAAGAGGGAAGCUGGCUGGGCUGGCUGAAGAAUGAGGACCACUGGACUCUCCGUUAAUCUCUAAGGGGUCUGCUCCCCAGGAACGUUUCCGAACAAUGGGGACUUUGUUGGUAGCCAUUUGGUAGAUGUUCUUUUCUAUUUAUAAGUGACUUUAAACUUUUCCUUGGCUGUUAAGAAGUUUGUUAUAGAUUUAGCUAUUUAUUGUUCGAUGCCUGCAUGCUGAAACAAUGCCUACAGCUGUCUUCACAUGUAUGGACGUGUGUGAAUGGUUGUAUGUUUUGCACAUUUUGUGGCUGUUGAGAUGUGCUUUGCUGCACAAACAUGAAAACUUUUGAGUUACAAUUUGGAGUAUAACUGGAGGGUGGGUUGGGGAGGGGUGGAUUUUAAAAAUGUCAAGACAGGGAAGGAUGACAAAAUGGAAAUUUAAAUGACAUCCUAGAGGUAGAAAAACCAUGGAGAUCACUUUUCUCAGACUCACCAGAUUUUAAUGGGAUUUCUUGGGGUUUGGUUGUACUGAUGGGGUAAGGGGAGGCUUCUUUCUGCCCUUCUCCCCACUCCCAUCUGAUUUACCUAAUUCAGUCUCAGCUGCUGACAUUUGGAAAGGACCAAAUUGCUUUACAGUUUUUUUCUUUGUGUAAUAUCUUGAAAUCCUGGAAAAUUCUAUGGAAUAGUUCUGUAUAUAGGACACAGGUAAAGGCAUUGUCCAAAGUUUAUUUAUUUAUUUAUUACCUUAUGAGAAUGCUUUGCCACAACCACAGUUAAUGGGAAAAACGGAAGUAUCACAGAUGGAAAUUAACUCACCAGAUUUCUUGACCCGAACUCCUUCUCUUCUUGCUAUAUGAUUUAGCAAGUUCUAGAAGGUCUCCAAGACAAUAAUUACAUUGGCACAAUGUAUACUUCAGUGCUCACCCUUAGGCAAAUCUCUUUUUAAAAAACUCUUUGGUGCACGAGUAACACAUUUGGCCACAAAACACCAAAGAAUUGUAAGCAGUGGCCCCUAUUGAGAAGGUUUCCGGCAGAGUUGGAAAUCAGUUGUGAAUACAUUCUUUGCUAGUUGGAGUGCUUGUUUACUAAGCAUGUGCCGUCGUAGGUAUUAGUGCUAGUCUCAAAUAGGUGCUUCCCCCGAGGUGCGGGGGAAGACCAAAGUUUGCAACUUGAACUGCUUUCGUCCACGUUUCUCACAUUGCUGUAUUUUAGAAAAUAGGGGUUAAGACUGAUAACAACCUUUUACAUUGUGACUGUGUUUGCAUUGUCUAAUGACAGAUAAAUCCUUAACAUUUCUCUCCACCUUAGUACUUUAGACUAAUUGUGCUUGUCCGUCCAUGCCAUGAAUGAGUGGGCUGUAGUUGGGCCAAAAUAAAUGAGCUGUUGGAAGAAAAGAAUCCCAGUACUUUCCAGCAGUCAGUCCCUGGUUCCUAGAUGUGUUCUAAGCAAUGCAAAUGUCUAAUUGUCCCCCAGUGGGCAUAGUCAGUGUCGUUUAUAUUGUAGCAGUUACAGCUCUGUAGUUUAUGAUGCAAAUCUGCCAAGAGAGAUGUAUGUGUCACUGCAUGGCUUCUGAAGGCAGGACGGAUUUUCUGCAGCUGUUUCAAAGUUGGUCUCUGUCCUUGAAUCCUCUAUUAAUUACUGUGUGUGAGCCAGAGGGAGUUGUGGUAAGGGUUGGGCCCCCAGCCUGCAGGGAACUUUCUGGACUCCUGCUCUUUGAAUUGAUAUAGGCAUUUGGUCUCACUACUUGACCAUUCUCACCCUGUGAAACGUCCCACACUUUGAAGCAAAUACAAUUCACAGCACAGUACACACAAAAACCUUGGCAUAAGACAGAGAAGGUUCUUCUUAUUUUGUGGGCUGGUUGCUGUAGAAACACAUAACAAAGGGCAGCCCUCCACUUCUGGUAUAAUUGUGUAGCCGCUUUUCUCUGGGCUUGACACCUGUCUUGAAUAAGAGUGAUUAGAGCCGCAUAAUGUCCCUCUCUUGGCUAUUGACCAUGUGGUUCACGUACAAAACUGUGUAAGUUGAAGGAAAAUGUUCAUGUUCAUAUGUACUUGUUUGCUAUGACUACAUUUUGAGGUUUUGUAAAACUGUUAUUUUUUUUUUUUCACAAUGUGAAACUGAAGGUCAAUAAAUUAUUAGAGAUUUUCUCUUCA